AUGGCAAGGUCAGUAGUACAACAUUGUGUACGUUGUACUAAAGUAAGACCACGAUUUUAUGAACAACUGAUGGGUAAUUUGCCAGCGACAAGAGUACAACCUGGGCGACCAUUCCUCACCACUGGAGUAGACUUUUGCGGACCCUUUUGGAUACAUUACAGAAUCCGAGGCAAGAAACCACACAAGGCAUACAUUGCUGUGUACUGUUGUUUUACAACUAAGGCAGUUCACCUCGAAGUAGUUAGCGAUUUAACCACAGAUGCAUUCAUCGGUUCGCUGAAACGUUUUAUUGCUCGAAGAGGACACUGCAAAAAUUUGUUUUGUGACAAUGCCACAAAUUUCGUGGGAGCAAGCAAUCAAUUACUUGAACUUGCAGACUCAAUUCAAACAAGCAAGGCACAAGAGAAGAUAAUUAACGAAUGUAAUGAAAGAGGAAUAACAUUUAAAUUUAUACCUCCUCGUGCACCGCACUUCGGUGGACUGUGGGAAGCAGCAGUCAAAUCAGCAAAACACUUAUUGAUACGAAGUACUAAGACGACUUCACUAACAUAUGAGGAACUAGAGACUGUGGUAUUAGAAGUCGAAGCAAUACUGAACUCUCGACCAUUGACACCUAUGUCGAGUAAUCCGAAUGACUUGUCAGCACUAACACCUGGUCAUUUCUUAAUCGGAGAACCACUCACAGCAAUGGCAGAUGCAAAGGCCCAAUCAGGAAAUAUAAAUCUGGUGACAAGGUGGAAAUUAGUUUCUCGCCUCAAAUUGGACUUUUGGGAACGUUGGAAAACCGAGUACCUCACUGAACUACAAUGUCGACACAAAUGGAAAGCAGCCAAUCUAAAUAUAAAAGAAGGUACCCUUGUAAUCAUCAAGGAAGACAAUGUUCCUACAUUAAAAUGGCCGCUUGGACGUAUUUCAAAGGUAUAUAAGGGAGAUGACGGUCUUGUUCACGUGGUCGAUGUUAGAAUGGCAUCAGGAACUCUAAGACAAGACAAGAUUUUUGACAAGACUAGCGCCUCUGUUGCCAGCCGAUGA